AUAAUCGUCCGCAAUAAUAACAUCGGUAUUCAAUCAUGCAGCAAAAUAACACAGCUCUCUCAAUUAUCCUUCGAAAACAUUAUUUGAACGUCGUCUUAUAAAUGAUAUUUUCCUGUGAAUCAUCAAAAUUAAUCAAAUAAGAAUUGGAAAAUCUACAUAAUUCCACCAUAAUAAUCAAAAUGAAAUAAAAAAAAGACGGUAUACCAUUGGAGAAAAAACUGGCGAAUGCACGUGAACCGAUUCAUCAUCCGCAGCCAUCGUCAUGAAAAAAAAUUACUCACGCGCGCGGCGAAAGUUUCCCUGCUCUUCUGUUCCUUUAACGCGCGACGCGUUUGCGUUUCCCAAUGCACGUGAACUUGGCGGCGCACGCACGCAUACUUACACCCACGCUCACGGAUUAGAGCCGCCGACAAUACGACUUGCCUCGAGCGAGGCGACGACCGUUCGCUUGGGUUCUAUGCUUUGUAGGCUCAGUUGAUGUUUCGCUCGCCGUGCGAACGCUCAGAGCCGCCUCAGAGAGAGAGAGAGAGAGAGAGGGAGAGUGCUCAUAUACACACACAUACAAGUUGGCGUGCUCUCUUCACGUUUUUCUUUGGUUAAAAAGAAAUAAGGCGCUUAUUUUUCUUCGUUCGUCGUUAUCUUAUCUUUCGGUUGCGAUUCUUUUUUGAGCGCCUCGUCGCGGUGCAGCAGUAGUCGCUUGAUCUUUUGCCGAGAGAGCCGAGUGUUUAUCUAAGAGAAGGUCAAAAUGCCGGUGUUCCACACGAAAACCAUCGAGAGCAUCCUCGAUCCCGUUGCACAACAGGUUUCGAGAUUAGUUAUUCUCCACGAGGAAGCUGAAGAUGGCAACGCCAUGCCAGAUCUCGAGAAGCCCGUCAAGGCCGUCAGUCAAGCAGUGGCCAACCUGGUCAAGGUUGGCAAAGAGACCAUCAAUUCGUCGGACGACAUGCUGCUCAGACAGGACAUGCCGAGUUCACUCAAGCGUGUCGAGAAUGCCUCUCACCUUCUCGAGGAAGCUUCAGUCAUGUUGAAAAAUGAUCCUUACUCCAGUACUGCGCGUAGUGUAACAUAUACUACUUACGAGUAUAAAGCGGUCUACAGGAAGAAAUUGAUAGAGGGUUCCCGUGGAAUCCUGCAGGGCACGAGCUCGCUGUUACUCUGCUUCGACGAGAGCGAGGUGCGGAAAAUCAUCCGCGAAUGUAAGCGCGUCCUCGAUUACUUGGCGGUCACCGAAGUGAUCGAAACGAUGGAAGAUCUGGUGCACUUUUUGAAGAACCUCAGUCCCUGCUUGAGCAAGGUAUCCCGCGAAGUGAGCGCUCGCGAAAAGGAGCUCACUCACCAGGUGCACAGGGAGACGCUGGUCAGGUGUUUGGAUCAGGUGAAAACGCUAGCGCCGAUAUUGAUAUGCUCGAUGAAGAUCUUCAUCCACAUCAUAUCCAGCGGCGGCAAGGGCGCAGAGGAGGCAGCCGAGAAUCGCAACUACCUGUCGGGACGCAUGUCGGAGGAGAUAAACGAGAUCAUACGCGUGCUUCAGCUGACCACCUACGACGAGGACGAGUGGGAGGCUGAUCAAUUGACCGGACUGAAGAAGGCGCAAAGCGCGAUCGAGAGCCGAGUGAAGCCGGCAUUCGACUGGUUGGACGACGGCAAUGCGCUUCGCGGCGGCGUCGGCGAGAAAAGUCUCAGGCAGAUAAUCGAGCAAGCAGCAAGGCUAUCGGACAGAUACUUACCACCGCAUCAAGGCGAUCCCAUCAAAAAACUCUCGUCCGAGCUGACUACCAUGACCGACGCGCUUUGCGAGCUUCGCCAGAACGACAAAGGAACAUCGCCGCAGGGAGAGUCGCUGGCGCGUGCGAUCAAAGACAAGGUGAACGAGCUUCGCUCGAACAUCUCGUCGGCGAUCGUCGCCGCGGACAAAGCCGGCGCUGUGCAAGCCGCCCACACGGUGGCAGGCCGCCUCGAGCAGGCUAACAAGUGGCUGCUCAAUCCCCAGCACGAUGACAAGGGCCUCGGGCAAAAAGCUAUCAACCUCAUCAUACAAGAGGGCAAGAAGGUCGCUGAAGGUCUGCCGGGAAUACACAAGGCCGAGAUUCUGCAGCUCUGCGACGAGGUGGACAAUCUCUCUCACCAACUUGGUGACUUGGUAGCUCGCGGCGAAGGCAACACUCCGCGCGCACAAGAGAUCGCUCGCCAGCUGUCGCAGAAACUGAACGAGCUGAAGAACAGGAUCCAGCAGGCGGUGGUGUCGCGCGUCGUCGAGGACUUUAUCGACAUCACUACACCGCUUAAACAGUUUACCGAGGCCGUCCUCGCCCCCGUGGGUACGCCCAACCGAGAGCAGAACUUCAACGAUAAGGCGCUCAACUUACAGAACUUCAGUAACAGAGCUGCCAAGACUGCCAGAAUGGUUGCCGCAGGCGGUAGCGGCGGAAACAAGAAGCUCGCCGAGGCUCUGAACUCGACGGCCUCUCAACUGGAGUCACUGACGCCGCAGCUAAUCAACGCGGGUCGCAUUCGCAUGAAUUAUCCGGAGAACAAGGCAGCGGACGAGCACUUCGAGAACCUUCGUCAGCAAUACGCCGACACGAUACAACGCGCGAGAAGUCUGUGCGACGAGGCGACCAACAGCGCUGACUUCAUCAAAGCCAGCGAGGAACAGAUGAAGAAGCACACCAUACUUUGCGAGGACGCGAUCGCCAAGAAAGAUCCCCAGAAAAUGGUUGACAAUACUUCGGCUAUCGCUAGGCUGGCCAACAGAGUGAUCCUCGUCGCUAAACAAGAGAGUGACAACAGCGAGGAUCCUGCUUUCAUUCAGAGAGUCAAUCAUGCUGCCGAUAUUCUGCAGAACUGUGUGGCUCCAAUGGUCCAGGACGCCAAGGCUGUGGCGAUGAACAUGAACGAUCCACACGCGAUAUCUCGCUGGCGAGACAGUAACCGAGCGUUGCUGAAUGGCGUUGGUCAAGUUAGGACAGCCAUUGGUGAACCUGAAGGUUCGUCUCCUGUACCACCACCACCACCAAGUCUAUCUGCUCUUAGACUUCACGACGGAGAUAUGAUGGCUCCACCUCGUCCGCCGCUACCUCACGGUGAGGUACCACCACCACGACCUCCCCCACCGGAGACCGACGACGAGGACGAAAUGUUUAGACAUGCGCCACAACCUAAUCAACCUAUCAUGAUGGCAGCCCACGGGCUUCAUCAGGAAGUGAAACAGUGGUCAAGCAAAGAUAACGAAAUCAUUGCUGCAGCGAAAAAGAUGGCUAUUCUAAUGGGUCGUCUGUCGGGUCUGGUAAGAGGCGAGGGAGGUAACAAGCGCGACCUCAUUGCCUGCGCCAAGGCCAUCGCUGAAGCCUCGCAGGAGGUCACGAGACUCGCCAAGGAACUUGCCAGAGAGUGCACCGACAAGCGUAUUCGUACCAACCUGCUACAAGUUUGCGAACGUAUUCCAACCAUUGGCACUCAGCUCAAGAUCUUGUCGACUGUCAAAGCCACGAUGCUUGGAGCUCAAGAAAUUCUCCCCACUUGGGAAGAGCUGAUGCUAUACGGAACGGAAGAGGACCAGGAGGCAACAGACAUGCUUGUAGGCAAUGCGCAGAACCUGAUGCAGAGUGUGAAAGAGACAGUGCGUGCCGCUGAGUGCGCGAGUAUCAAAAUCAGAACAGCUUCGGGCAUGAAAUUGCGUUGGGUACGCAAGCAGCCUUGGUAUCAGUAUUAAAUGCCUUUACCAUCGACCUACGCCUUCAUCUCGCCUCUUAUCAAAUCUCAUGCCAUGUUAAGGAUAGACACAUUUAUUUUAGAUUAUUAUUUAGAUAAUGAAUGAGAUAUUUCUCUCUCUCUCUCAACGUUUCUGUGUAACGACUUUUUUUGUUGUUGUUUCUUUUAGUGCUCAAAUUGUAGUCGUUGCUGCUUUACAAGACAGCACAACUGCAAUUUGAGUAAAAAAAACUAACUGAUAUGAAAAUAAUAAGAAAAAACGCUUACUAAUGCGACAGAAGGGUACACGAGCUACGCGAUGCUUAUAUAUAUUUGUAUACCAAGAAUAGACGCGUAAAUAUAUAUUAGCAAGUAAGGUGCAAAGAGAAAAAUUAGAAAAGACCUAUUAUGCGUGUAUUGCGCGAGGCCGCUAUUUUUUUAUGAAAACACGAAAGCGCAGGCACACACGACACGUGACAAUCGACUAUUUAUUUUUAUAGAGAACAUGUGCAAUAAUUUAAAAGACAUUGAGUUUGAGAAAACCCUACGCUGCCAUAACUUAAAAGCCUUCGAGAUGAGAAUGUUAUAUGGAUGUAUAUGGUGCUAAUCGAUCAUAGAUACAUACAUUAUUAUCAUCGCUGAGACGUGUAUCGAGCUUGCCUUUAUCAUCUCACAUUUAUUAAUGACCAAUCGAGUAUCCGUCCUCGCAUAGAUCGGACUGGAAUGUUUUUAAACGUGAUUUUAUAUUUGUUGUUUAUCGAAUGAUCAUUGCAUUAAGUUGUAACCCACUACAGAUACUUAUGUCAUGUAAUAAUAUCGUUUUAUUGAAUUAAACAUCUAUUAGUUUUUGUUUUUGGAUUUUGACGUUGUUUUUACUUCUUUAUGUAAAAAAUACUUUGUACAGUAGUUACAGAUGUAUCGCUAAUACACUAUAAAUCAGUUGAAUAUACAAAUUUAGGAAAUGUUAUAAAAUGAAGAUAAAUUUUGAUCAAAAUAAGCAACUAAACAAGUAUUCCUUGCCAAGCAACGAUUUCUUAUCAAGGUUUGCAUUUUCUAUAAUAGUGUUAUAAACACAAAUGUUUUUUGUCUUCACAGCUAAAAAUUAUACUUGUCAU